UUUAAUAAUUUGUAUAAGGUAAAAUGUCAAAGCAUCACAUCUAGUUCCGAAGAGAUGAAGUAUGAAAAAACCGUCAUAUUUAUAAAAAAAAAAUAAAAGAAAAAUCAUAAAGAAGAAUCGAGUCAACAAAAAUUCAAGAAACACAGCCCUUGCUGCAUUUCCAUGUCGAUUUCUGGUAUCCAAGGUCAACUGCUCGAAGUUACAGUUGUUGGAUGUCACAAAUUGAAGGAUACAGAAUGGAUUUCAAGACAAGAUCCUUAUGUUUGUCUUGAAUAUGCUAGCACCAAGUUUCGAACCCGCACCUCUACAGAUGGUGGGAAGAACCCAGUAUUUCAGGAGAAGUUUGUUUUUUCUCUAAUUGAGGGUCUUAGAGAGAUCAAUGUUGUUGUAUACAAUAGCAAUACUCUCACUUUUGAUGAUCACAUAGGGAGCGGAAAAAUUCAACUUCAGGAUGUUCUUUCUCGGGGAUAUGAUGAUAGAGCCUGGCCACUUCAGACUAAAACGGGCCGUUUUGCUUCUUAUUGCAGACAUGCUGGAGAAGUUAAAUUGAUUAUGCACUUUGCGAAAACCAAUAAAUCAAAUACAAGCUGUGCUCCUUCCGCUCCACCUUAUGCUGCAUCACCUCACCCUCAAGUAUCUAUGUAUGCCGCGCCUCCUCCGGCUUCUGUUUCUCAUAUGAACCCUACCUCAGCCUACCCACCACCUCCAUCUACGGCCUAUCCUCCCACAUCAACAACUUAUCCACCUCCACAUGCCGCGUAUCCAUCUACUUCGCCUUAUCCAUACCCACCUAACCCAUCAGCAUACUCAAUUAACCCAUCAGCAUACCCACCUUAUCCAUAUCCACCACCCCCGGAUCAGUCAACAUAUCCUCCGGCUGCAUACCCGCCGCCACCUUCAGCAUAUCCUCCUAACCCAUAUCCACCACCUCAUCAUGCUCCAGCAUAUCCUCAUUCAGGACAUUAUCCUGGAGUGUAUCCUCCACCACCCUACUGAGGACUGAGGAGGCUGUGGUAUUUGCUUCAAGAAAAGAGACGACAACCUGCUUGUAAGGGCUAACAAUUAUAUACAUAUCAUGUAUUUUGUCGUAGCAUUGUGGCUAUAUGAGACUUUUUGCAUAGCAGAUGAAAUUUAGUACCUGUCAAAGGAUCUUUAGCGUGCUAUCACACCUUUUGAAAAAUCUGUCGUUUCUUAAACUCCACAUAACUAUAGAUGAUAUUUGGUCGUGUCACCUCAUGGGGUCGGCCAUUACCUCGCGGAGGCACAGCAUGAAACAAGGCUUCCUGAAGACCAGCACGAAUAACAGCCCACAGACCGGAACGGUAGUGAGAAUAAAGGAAAAUGCUUAAGGUGACCCGUGGGCCUAGCCAGCAUGGCAUGACUACCAUUGGUGCAGUAGCACAACAAUCAACAUGACCUAUUGACAUCCUUAAACACAACCAUCUAUGAAUAAAUCUUUACCUUGCUUUCAUCAAUAAUUGAUUCUCCAUUUUCUCCCCUUUUGCUUAUGCUAUUAUGUCAUUGAAUAUAUCUCGACUUUGAUAUCAGUGGUUGAAAUAGAAAGUCAUGUUCUUUUCA